ACUGUCUCCCCUCCCAUCUAUCUAUACCCCAUCCAUACAGACUAUAGUAUAUACUCCUCCCACCCAUCCAUAUUCCAUACAUUGAUUAAUCUAUACUCCUAUACUCCUAUACUCCUAUACUUCCAUACUUCACGCCCACCCACCCAGACAAACCCACCAACCAACGACAAUGACCAACACCACCCCACCCCCCCUCCGCCCCGGAAUCUACGUCCCAACCCUAGCCUUCUUCCACCCGGACACCGAAGACCUCGACCUCCCCACCACCACCACCCACGCCACCUCCCUUCUAAACGCCAACGUCCCCGGCCUCGUCGUGCAAGGCAGCAACGGCGAAGCCGUGCACCUGACCCCAUCCGAACGCAACGCCAUCACCCGCACCACCCGCGACGCCAUCACCGCCCACCCCUCCGCCCUCUCCACCCCACUGAUAGUCGGCUGCGGCGCCGCCUCCACCCGCGAAACCAUCCAACUGUGCCGCGAUGCCGCCGCCUCCGGCGGCGACUACGUGCUAAUCCUGCCGCCGGCGUACUACAAGUCCCUCCUCACGCGGGAGCACAUCCUCGCGCAUUUCCGGGCCGUCGCGGACGCCUCCCCGCUUCCGGUGCUGCUGUAUAAUUUCCCGGCGGCGGCCGGGGGCGUGGAUCUGUCGUCGGAUGAGAUUUUGAGUCUGGCCGAGCAUGGCAAUAUUGUCGGGGUGAAGUUGACGUGUGGGGAUACGGGGAAGUUGGCGAGGGUGGCGGCCGGGGUGCAGGGGAUGGAGAAGGGGGCGUGGGCGGGGGCUGGGGCUGGGGCUGGUGGGUUCAGGGUGUUUGGGGGCUCGGCGGAUUUCACCCUGCAGACGCUGGUGGCGGGUGGGGAUGGGGUGAUUGGCGGCGUGGCCAAUUUGAUUCCUAGGUUGUGUGUGCGGGUGAUGGAGUUGUAUGGGAAGGGCGAGGUGGAUGAGGCGAGGAGGUUGCAGGCCGUGGUGGCCAGGGCCGACUGGCAGGCUAUCAAGGGCGGGUUCGUCGCUGUCAAGGCUGCGCUGCAGGUUUUCCGGGGGUAUGGAGGGCCGCCGCGCAGGCCGUGUGUUGGGCCCGGGGUGGAGCAGGUUGCGGUGUUGAAGGAGGCGUUGGGGGAGGCGAUGGAGUUGGAGUGGGAUCUGGAGAGGGAUUGAUCUAUGUUUGGUUGGAUUUCAUGGCGAGGUUGGGGGCACUGCUUUAGUGGGAGGUUUUGGAGGUUGAGUUAGGGCUCGGUAUAUGGUAGCCGUCAAGAUCUGGUUGCUGAAUGUGAAUAUUUACUACUUCCAUAGCUAGAC